AUGGAUGUCUUUAAGAAAGGUUUCUCCAUGGCUAAAGAAGGUGUGGUGGCUGCAGCAGAAAAGACCAAACAGGGAGUGACUGAGGCUGCAGAGAAGACCAAAGAGGGUGUGAUGUAUGUAGGUACCAAAACCAAGGAAGGGGUUGUGCACAGCGUGAGUUCAGUUGCUGAGAAAACCAAAGAGCAGGCCAAUGUGGUGGGUGAAGCUGUUGUGGCCAGCGUGAACACAGUGGCAAGACAGACUGUAGAAGGAGCAGAGAACAUUGUAACCACUACUGGGAUUGUAAAAAAGGACCAGCUUGCCAAGCAGAUUGCAUAA